AUGUAUUUAGAUAUUGAUGUUCUAAGUGAAUCCUUUCAUGAUUAUUACUUUUGGCAUCGUGAACACUACGAAAUAAUUAUAUGGAAAAAGAAAGGGAGGAAGAAGAUUGGUCAUCUCUACGUAAAGAGUGAUGUAUAUGGCUUUGGCGUGGUGCUGCUUGAGAUGUUGACUGGUUUACGUGCACUUGAUACCAAACGACCUAGUGGCCGGCAGAAUUUGGUUGAUUAUGCUAAACCCUUUCUCUGUCAGAAAAGGAAACUAAUAUCCAUUAUGGAUGUACGGAUGGAGGGAAAAUAUUCUUCGAAGGCGGCAUUACAUGCAGCUCAACUCACUUUGAGAUGCCUUGAAUCAGAACCCAAAAAGCGGCCUUCAAUGAAAGAAGUUGCAGAGACGUUGGAGCAAAUUGCAACUAUUAGAAAACCAAAAGAAUCCAAAAGUAAGUCCGUGCAUUCUUCAUCUCAUCACCAUCACCAUGGAGAUAGAGUAGGAUCUGGAAGAUAA